AUGCAAAUCCCUCAGGCAUCCACCUCUAAACUCAUUGAAAGGUUCCACGAUCAUGGCCAGAGCUUGUGGCCGAACGAGACGGCAGAGCCAAUCACAUUGCUUGGCGCUGUUCCAGUCACACCAUCUGCAAGAGGGAGACAGCAGGUUGACUUGGGCUCUGUAGUGGCGUCAAAUUCUCUAGGCCCAAACGAAGCUUCCCUGUCUAGUUUGGUUGAACCUACUCUUUUAUUAGCAAAUACCAGUAGGCUUUCGAAUCUUUCAGAAGGGCAGGACAAAGGCGCGGAAAACGGUAAAUCUAAAGACACCGAUUCUGAAAUAGCUCAAAACUUAAAAGACGCGAAAACAACUAUGGAAUUUGCUGCCACGUCUGCUGGGGAUUCCGAGUCGAGGCCUGGUCAUUUGGUGGACGUGGAGGGUGAUCCAGAACGUGAGACUGAUUUCAUAGGUCCAAGGAUCGAGUUAGAGGGUGGUCCAGUGGCUGAGCACAUUGAGGCCCUCGUGGUUGCCGAAAUCAAAUCGAUUAGUGGAUCUCGACGACGCAAAGCAACUACGCCUGUAACUUAA